GCUGGGCUGCGCUGGGCUGGGCUGGGCUGCGCUGGGCUGGGCUGGGCUGCGCUGGGCGGGCCGAGCUCACCACCCACCAGCGCCGCCAGGGGAAGCUGCUCUCUAACCGAGCCUCGGAGCCGAGCAAGACAGAUCUGCCAGUGAGCCUCCAGCCUUGAAUAUUGACGAGAGUGUCUGAAACCGUCCAGCUCUCCAAUGGCCAGCAACAACACCGCCAGCAUAGCACAAGCCAGGAAGCUGGUAGAGCAGCUGAAGAUGGAAGCCAACAUCGACAGGAUAAAGGUGUCCAAGGCUGCUGCGGACUUGAUGGCCUACUGUGAGGCACACGCCAAGGAGGACCCCCUGCUGACCCCAGUCCCGGCCUCAGAAAAUCCCUUUCGGGAGAAGAAGUUCUUCUGCGCCAUCCUUUAAGCCUCUGAGAGGAGGCUGAAGAGCGCAGGGGCUCCUGGGACAUUGGUGUAGAGUUCCUAGCAAAGUGGACACCUUUCUCGUCCACAGCUUUUAAAGAGAGGAGAGAGAACCAUCCUGGACACUCCGGGCUGUGCAUGUUUAAAGAACUGUCCCCUUAUGAGAAUGGAAGCCGCUUCCACGUCCCAACUUUAGAGAUCUGACCCUGCAGACCUGCCUGGAGGAGGGGAAUGUAUAAAAACAAAAUCAGUGUCACUUCUUUUCUGCUACCCUCUAAGACCUUACAUUCCGCUUCAUAUUUAAAAACAAAAUAAACAUUAGCGCCGGUGUCCUGAGCUGAGGUAUGGCUGACCUUCUGGGGAUGAGAAUUGCCUUUCAAAUACCCCUGAUUAGCUGUUGUCCCAUGUAGCCACAGUUCUGUUUGGUGGCAUCCAUGUUUAGUCCUCCGUGCAUUUUUCUUUCCUCCCCUUUCUCUUUCUCUAUCCCUCCCUGUUAGAGUACUGUAGAGAUGAGGCUGGGUUUGUGUGUUAGAUGAACUCUGAGGAUGAGUGAAUAGCUGAGGCAUUUAGAAAGAUGGUCCCCAUGGCAUUUCUUCAUGAGAAUUAAAAGAACACGCACACACGCACACUCCCACAAUGCCAGCUGUCUGUGUUCUCUUACCACUAUUCCUAAUACUUGUAUAUGAUAGUUUUGAUUCUGCAAGUAAAAGUAUAUCAUGUGUUGUGA